AUGCAGUGUAUUAAAGACGAGAAUGAAUUCAAAACACUUUUGAAAUCUGCCGGCUGCAAACUUGUGGUGAUUGAAUUUUCAGCAAAAUGGUGUGGUCCUUGCAAAAAGAUUGGUCCUAUUGUUCAUGCAAUGUCUAUGCAUUACCAAAAUGUAGUGUUUGCGAAUGUGGAUGUCGACGAUUCUCGGGACUUGGCCCAAACUUGUAACGUCAGAGUAAUACCCACAUUUCAGUUGUUCAAGCAAACCAAAAAGAUUUUUGAAUUUUGUGGAGCUGAUGCUAGCAAAUUAGAAGCGAAGAUUCAAGAACUAAUGUAA